AUGCAGGACGAACCUAUAAAUUCUAGAGAACGAUUAUUACCAGCGACUAGUUCACCAAGGAGUUACAAUCGAUGGUUGAUUUUUUUGAUUCUUCUUCUUCUUAUUUCGACCAUCGUUUUGGCAAUUUUAUUCGGUCUUGAAAAGGGCAAAAAGAAAACAGACAACGUUGAAGAUCUAUGCUUAACACCUUAUUGUGUCAAAGCAGCGGAUUAUUUAUUGGAUUCUAUUGAUGAAACAGUUAAUCCUUGUGAAGAUUUUUAUCAUUUUACUUGUGGAUCAUGGUUAAAAAAUGCUCAUAUUCCAGAAGAUAGUGGUGUUCAAAAUAUUUUCAACCUUUUGGAUACACAAUUGGAUACAAAUAUAAUCGAUCUUUUGUCGACAAGACCACCCAAUGGAACUGUUGAACCAAAUGCCAUAAUAAAUGCACGUAAUUUAUAUGAUUCAUGUAUGAAUGAAGCUGGUAUCGAAACCGAUGGUGUUGAACCUAUUCUUUCCAUUGUUAACAAUGAACUUGGUGGAUGGCCUAUUUUACAAGGUCCUACAUGGAGAACUCCACCGAAUUUUAAUUUAUCAGAUCUUUUACUCAAACUGCGUAAAUAUGAUGAUGGAAUUAUUUUUAGUGUUAAUACAGCAACUAAUCAACAAAAUUCAUCAAUUAAUGAUAUUGAACUUGGACAAGGUACUCUUGGUUUACAAGAAACAGAAUAUUAUAAUAAUGAAACGGAUAUUACUAGAGCUUAUCGUCAAUUUAUGCAUGAUUUAGCGUCGGAAUUAACAAAUGACACAGGAGCAAUUGAUACUGAUGUUAUUGCAAUGUACUUAUUGGAAAAGAAUAUUUCUCAAUAUCAUUGGACUGAAGCAGAACAAAGUCGUCGAGAUAAUGAAACGAUUCGAACAACUGUUGGCAAUCUUCCGCAAUCAUUCGAAGUUGAUUUUGAUUUUACUAAUUUUCUUCGUCAAUCUUAUCUUCUUGGCAAUGUAACUUUAGUCGACACAGACAUUGUAACUGUUAGUGAAGCUGCUUAUUUAGUAAAUGUUACUGCAAUUCUUGAUCAAUAUCCAUCACGUGUUGUACAAAAUUAUUUAAUUUGGCGUUUUAUGAUGAAUCGUGCAAGCAGUAUGCCAAGACGAAUUCGAAGUACUCGUGAACAAUUUGAUCGAGUCUUUAAAGGCACAACUGCAGAAUCAACACGUGCAAAAACUUGUGCAAAUUAUGUUAAUGAUAAUAUGGGUUUUGCUGUAUCGAGACUUUAUAUUAAAAAAUAUUUUGAUAGUGAUGCUCGUAAUCAAUCAAAAGAGAUUAUUAAAAAUAUUCGAAGUUCAAUGGAUUCAAUGCUUCAACAAGCUACAUGGAUGGAUGAUGACUCAAAAUCAAAAGCUCGUGAUAAACUUCAAGCUGUCUAUGAAAAUAUUGGUUAUCCUGACUAUUUAGAUAGUGAUAAUACAACACAAUUGGAAAAAAUGUAUGCUGAAUAUGUCUUUCAAACAUCAUAUGUUAAUAAUGUUCUUCAAAUGCAAAAAGUUAAAGCUCGAGAAGCUUUUCGAACACUUCGUGAACCUGUCGAUCAUCGUGCAUGGGGUGAUCUUCCUCCAACUGUAGUCAAUGCUUUCUAUGAACCAUCAACAAAUGCUAUCUCUUUUCCAGCUGGUAUUCUACAAAUGCCGUAUUUUAAUAAAGAUGCACCUAAAUACCUUAAUUAUGGUGGUAUUGGUAUGGUUAUUGGACAUGAGAUAACACAUGGAUUUGAUGAUGAUGGUCGUCAAUAUGAUAAAGAUGGAGAUCGAAUUCCUUGGUGGUCAAAUAAUACAAUAAAUCAAUUUAAUGAACGUAAACAAUGUAUUAUUGAUCAAUAUAGCAAUUAUACAGUGGAACAAAUUCAUAAAAACUUGAAUGGUGAACAAACACAAGGAGAAAAUAUUGCUGAUAAUGGUGGAAUUAAAAGUUCGUUCUUUGCAUAUCAAAAUUGGGCAAAAGAAAAUGCAAAUGUCGACAAAAGAUUACCAGGUUUAAAUAAAUAUUCUCAAGAACAAAUGUUCUUUAUUGGAUAUGCACAUGGAUGGUGUGCAAAAUUUACCGAUGCUUAUGCUUUAAAUAGAGUUUUAACAGAUGUUCAUUCUCUUGCACAAUUUAGAGUUCUUGGUCCAUUAUCGAAUUUUGCUGAAUUCGAUCGUGUAUUCAGUUGCACCCCUGGUCAAGGAAAUAGUCGAAUUAACAAAUGCGCUGUUUGGUAG